AUGAUCAGUGUAUUAGUUAUUGCUUGCGCUAUCUUCGCACUUACAGCAAGUGAAUCACCGGAUUCUCAAUCAUCAAUUCAAUCAAUACACACUUUGCUUCAAGAUUUAAAAUCAGAAUUCCUCUUAGAACAGAAUGAAGAUGACUCAAAACAAUUCAGUCACAAUAGAAAUUGUAUAGAAAUAUUAUCGUCUUUCAGCAAGAUAGGAGCUAGCACUCAAUCUCUUCUAGAGCAUCGACAAAAUGCUCAAAAGUUGUUGAGUGACGAGAUUGAAGCAGUAAAAGGUGAAAUUGAUUAUCUCAAUGAAAACCUUUCAUAUAGCCAAAAAAGGCUUCAGGAGUUAUCUGGAUUGAGGUGUGACCAAUCCACUAUUUUCUUGCAUAAUCUCAAAGACAUAAAAGAAGCAGAAAGUUCAAUUGCUGACCUCAGAAAAAACACCAACAUCUUCUUCAACACCGAAAACACUGAAUUGGUGCAGAUUGCUGCUAAAAUCAGCUCUCUAGUGCCACAGUCAGGAAAUAUCUUCACAGAGCUGACAGAAAAUGCAGCUCUGGAUGUGCCAAACUUGUUGAACAAUUUGAAAUCCUUGAUUAAAGAAAACGUUAAAAAAUUAGAAGAUGAAGAACUGCAAAAUGCAAGAAAUUUUGCAGAUUGGCAUAUUAAUAUUAAAAAAGAGAUACAAAGGAUAAGCGAAGAGCUGCAGCAGAAAGGAGAUUACGCUGAAAAGCUACUAGCUGACUUAAGUCAGGCUGAAGCUGCUAAAGAGGAGGCUGUUAGAGCUAACGAAGAUUUUAAAAUGGUAAUGGAAGCUCAACAAGCAGAGUGUGAAACUCAAAAGAAAAUUAUUGAAAAAGAUACCCAAAGAAGAAAGGAAAACAUUGAAAUAUUGGAUGAAAGCAUUCAAAUUUUAGAAAACUAA